AGCAACUGCCCAGUUGGUAGUAUCAAUCUCUGGAGCUUGCAAGGUGGCUAGGAGUCAACCCUUCCUGCUUUCUAUAGCACAUACUGCCCACCUCAUCAGAGGAGAGUGAAAUUAACCAGCAGACCAUUCUAGCACAAAACGGACACCCCGUAGUCUGGAAGAGACAACAUGCUGGAUCAGAUUCACUUGCUGGCUGCUGUGACGGUCCUGGGAGUCCUGGAGCAAGCUUACUUCUCCCUCCAGGUGAUCUAUGCCAGACGAGCGUACGGGAUCUCUCCUCCAAAAGUCUCAGGGCCACCUGAUUUUGAGAGGGUCUUUCGAGCACAGGUGAAUUGCUCUGAGUAUUUCCCCAUUUUCUUGGCUAUUCUCUGGCAGGCUGGCCUCUUCUUCCAUCAAGCUCUGACUGCUGCCUUGGGCCUGCUUUAUCUCUACUCCCGCUACCGCUAUUUUAUGGGGUAUAAAGAGUCCUCCUCGGGAAGGUUAGCCCCAAUGUAUUUCAGCGCUGGAGUUCUCUGGAUUCUUAUCGGACUCGCAGCAGUUGGGAUCUUGCAUUUCUUGCUCUCUCACUAUCUGGGGAUGAAUGUCCUUCUAUUAAUUAGCUUGUGAAAGGAGCGUCUCCUUGGACAACACCCUCCCUUCUUGGCCCCUCUGAAUGUGUUCCCUUUCAUUAGGUCCACAUAGUCGGUCUCCUGCAGGCAGUGGUGAGCUGGAGCCGGUUCUCACUGGUUCAUGUGAAGCGGUUGUUAAAUUUUGAAACAGUUUUAGAACCGGUUGUUAACCCACUUCCCUGCGAGGGGGCGCUGUGGCUUUGAUGGGCUCCGGCUGGGAAGUGAUGUAAUUCCUUCUCUGGCCACCGGGGGCGCUGCGCUGCGGGAGCCAUGUGGGCUGCCGCCUGGCCCUGGGCACGGGACCUGUUGCUGCUGCUGCUCCCCCGACCCCUGGUCCUGGGGCUCCCGCUGCUGCCUGGUGGGUCCCCGGCUGCUCUGCUUGGCCUGGGCUGCGUUCUGCUGCUCGGGCUGCUCUGAGGCGCUCUCCCCGUGAGUACCCGCCACCCUGCCCGCAGCCAGCCCCUGUCUCCAGACAGCCCCGCAUCCC